AUGGAUUCCAACUUCACGCAGCAUGCGGAAGUCUUGGAGAUGAAGAUCGCAGCAGGUGACCCCGCGGAGAAGCUGGAGGUCUUCGCCUGCAACGCUAGCGAAGUGCCGGGCUCCACAGAGUUCGACGCCUUGCACUACGGGAACUUGCCCAAAGGUGUCUCGGCGUGCCCUGCAGUGACCUGCGCAAGCGCCUGCGGUGUGUCUAGCCCCACCUCAAGUCAUUUCGAGGAGGUGGAGGUGUGCGUUGCGCUGAACGCUUGGCAGAAGGAUCCCAUCAGCACGACGGAGGGCUGGAGCAAGAUGGGCUCUGCCUACUUUCUGGGCGCGGACCGGGAGUGCAAGAGCGAGCUCUUCUGGAAUUCCGGCACUGGGGAGUGCGAGUACGCUGCCUGCCCGGACAACAGCGUUCGGAACACUGAGGAUGCAGCGCCCACUUCGGGGACUCCCACCAAGGGCCCUGGUAGCUGCCCCUGCAAGAUGAAGAUGCACAGGAAGACGGCUCCUUUGGCUUCUUGCCGCUGA